AUGUCUAAACAGCGACAGACUGCAGAAAUGAUAUCCUUACCCACAAAGUCUGUAAUUCCUCAGGAACGUAAGAGAUAUGAACAACGGCGAAAACUGCAAGAAGUGUAUAUUCCUGUGAUAAAAGCUAAUGGAGUUCCGCAAAAAGAAGUAACACCUAUUCAUUUGAAUGGUCUUAAGACCACCAAAACGCCCGAACAAAAGACCAAUUCUGGCGGCGAAGCAUAUCUUCACAGCAAUCUUGUUCAAGAAGAACUUGAUCUUCAGAAACAAAUGAAGCGAACUACAGUUGAAACCGUCAGCUAUUUGCAGCGAUCCACAACAUUAGCGCCGAAAACAAAGAUGACGCAAAAAUCAUCACCGUUAACACCAAUACCAUCAACACCAUCUUCAACAUCAUCGUCAUCCUCACCAUCGAUGACAACAACUACAGCUACAGCUGCAACAACAAAAACAACAACAAUGACAACAACAUUACCUUCAUUAACAUCUCUGAGAACUACGGAAACGGACACCGUAACUACUCAAGUGCCAAAUAUUGUACAUUAUUCGUCUACUACUCAUCGGCAGUCACAGAUUUCAACAUACACAAAACAAGUUGUGGUUCCUGAAUUCAAAAGUGUUCAUCCAACACCAGCUGUAAGUGUUCCCCAGUUUAUCAUCCAACCAAUCACCGAUAAUUCGGUUGCACGUCAAGCGGUGAUACCGAAUGCUAUACCAUUACCUCAAGCUCCAGUUAACACCGUAGAUCGGCUACCGGCAGAAAAUGCAAUUAUUGCAAACACUAAUCCAGCAGCAGUUCCAGCAAUGGAUGGAAGUCAAAAUCAUGAUGAUACUCUUGGUUGUGCUUGGGAUAUCGUCACAAAUACUUGCAAGGAUUUAUUUGGUCUUGGUUGGUGCGCGCAGUGCUACGACUUCGGCAACAUAUUUCUGCACAACUGCAAGUGUUUGACAAAAAAUCCAUCGCAACUUGUAUCAGCAUUUACUUUUUAA